AGAGUCGCCUUCACUCCAACUCAACGCCGGUCGCUGCCAUGAGAGCCACCGGCUUCUUCUCAUCGGAUCACUUCACAAAUCCGAACACAUUUAUCAAGAUCCUAAUCCUUUCGUUCUUCUCCCUCUCCCUCUUCUUUGCCGUCAAACACUUUUCCUCUGACGCCACUUACUCUCAAGAACUCUCCCUACCCUUCUCCUCCUCGAUCACCAACGCCACCACAGCCGUCCACGUUGCAUUCAAUUCUACUACCAACAGCUCCCCCAAUUCUUCGUCCCCACCACCUAAUGCAGUCUCACCGCCACCGCCGCGUCCUCCGCCGGAAAAUGUUGUGGAGAGGACGGGGAUUGUGGACGAGAAUGGAGCGAUGACGAAUGAAUUUGUGAUUGGGGAUUAUGACUCGAGUUUGCUUGAGAAUGAGGUUGAUGAAAGUUCGGUGGAGAGGGGAGGAGAGAGUGAUCACAAGUGGGAAAAGAUUGAGAAAUUUAGGGUUUGUGAUGAGAGUAGGAGAGAGUAUAUACCUUGUUUGGAUAACGUAGAUGUGGUUUCUAGGUUAAAUUCAACUGAAAAGGGGGAGAAGUAUGAAAGGCAUUGCCCAGAAAAAGGAAAAGAAUUGGAUUGUUUGGUGCCCAAUCCCAAGGGAUACAAGAACCACAUUCCAUGGCCCAAAAGUCGAGAUGAGGUAUGGUAUGAUAAUGUACCUCAUACACGUUUGGUUGAAGAUAAAGGAGGGCAAAACUGGAUAUCAAGAAACAAAGACAAGUUUAUAUUUCCAGGAGGUGGAACUCAGUUUAUACAUGGUGCAAAUCAGUACUUGGAUCAGAUUUCUAAGAUGGUUCCUGAUAUUGCAUUUGGUCAACAUGUUCGAGUUGCCUUGGAUGUUGGUUGCGGUGUAGCAAGUUUUGGUGCCUUUCUACUGGAUCGCAAUGUGACUACUCUAUCUAUAGCACCAAAGGACGUUCAUGAGAAUCAGAUUCAAUUUGCUCUAGAGCGUGGUGUGCCUGCCAUCGUGGCAGCAUUUGCAACACAUCGUCUAUUGUAUCCAAGCCAAGCAUUUGAUUUAGUACAUUGUUCAAGAUGUAGAAUAAAUUGGACUCGUGAUGAUGGAAUUUUGCUUCUGGAGGUGAACAGGAUGCUAAGGGCUGGAGGAUACUUUGUCUGGGCGGCACAACCUGUUUAUAAACAUGAAGAUAAGCUUCAACAACAAUGGAAAGAAAUGGAGGAUCUUACUGGACGCAUUUGUUGGGAACUCAUAGCAAAGGAAGGAUAUAUUGCCAUAUGGCGCAAGCCUCUCAACAACACCUGCUACCUUGGCCGUAAUCUAGGUGUACAACCUCCAGUAUGUGAUGCCAAUGAUGACCCCGAUAAUGUUUGGUAUGUCCCGCUGAAGGCAUGCAUCAGCCAGUUACCCGAGAACGGUUAUGGAGCUAAUGUUACCACAUGGCCCUUACGCCUUCAUCAUCCACCAGACAGGCUUCAAAGUAUAGAGAUGGAUGCCAUCUUGUCCAGGAAUGAUAUAUAUAAGGCAGAGUCAAAAUAUUGGAAAGAUAUAACAUUUAGUUAUGUAAAUGUUUUUCGUUGGAGGGCUUUAAAUGUACGAAACGUUAUGGACAUGAGGGCAAGAUAUGGAGGAUUUGCAGCAGCAUUACAUGAUCAUGGRGUUGAUUGCUGGGUUAUGAAUGUUGUUCCUGUUAGCGAUACAAACACAUUACCUGUAAUUUACGACCGUGGACUCAUAGGUGUUGUACAUGACUGGUGUGAGCCAUUUGAUACAUACCCUAGAACUUACGACAUAUUGAAUGCCGCUGGUCUCUUCUCCAUAGAGCAGAAAAGGUGUAAUAUCUCUAGCAUCAUGCUUGAGAUGAAUCGGAUAUUACGGCCAAAUGGGCAUGUCUAUAUUCGUGAUGCUAAUUCCAUCAUCUAUAGACUUGAAGAAAUCRCAAAGGCCAUGGGAUGGAUCACACACGUCUUUGACAAUGGCGAGGGUCCGAAUGCUGGUGCCAAGCUUUUGACAUGUGAGAAACGUAUGUAACAUCCUCAUUCUUCACCUGCCUUAAAAGUGUACACAAGAAAAGAAAGCUGGAAGUGUAUAUUCUAUUCAAUCUGUAUGUAUACAUACUAGUUAAUCAUAGUAGCUGYUAUAUACAUGGAAAAUUCUACUUGUAUUUCUAUGAGAUCAGUCAGCCUGAAAUUGAUCC